GAGCGGGAGCGGGGGCUGCAGCGUGCACGGCCGGACGGCCACGCAGAUAUAAAGACCUGAAGGUAGUCUUUCUUGUCUGAAGAUGGAAAACAGUACCACUACCAUUUCUCGGGAGGAGCUUGAAGAACUAAAAGAGGCAUUUAAUAAAAUAGAUAUUGAUAACAGUGGGUAUGUCAGUGACUAUGAACUCCAGGACCUGUUUAAGGAAGCAAGCCUUCCCCUGCCUGGCUACAAGGUACGAGAGAUUGUGGAGAAGAUUCUAGCAGUUGCAGACAGCAACAAAGACGGCAAAAUCAGUUUUGAAGAGUUUGUGUCACUAAUGCAAGAAUUAAAAAGCAAGGAUAUCAGCAAAACAUUCCGAAAAAUAAUUAACAAGAGGGAAGGGAUUACUGCUAUUGGAGGAACUUCACCCAUUUCCAGUGAGGGCACACAGCACUCUUAUUCAGAGGAAGAAAAGGUGGCUUUUGUGAACUGGAUAAACAAAGCCUUAGAGAAUGACCCUGACUGUAAGCAUCUUUUACCCAUGAAUCCCAAUGAUGGCAGUCUUUUCAAAUCGCUUGCAGAUGGCAUCCUUCUUUGCAAAAUGAUCAACUUAUCUGAACCGGAUACAAUUGAUGAAAGAGCCAUUAACAAGAAAAAGCUCACCCCUUUCACUAUUUCUGAAAAUUUAAACCUAGCCCUGAAUUCUGCCUCAGCCAUUGGUUGUACAGUGGUCAACAUUGGCGCACAAGAUCUCCAAGAAGGAAAACCUCACCUGGUCUUGGGACUUCUCUGGCAAAUCAUCAAAGUUGGUCUUUUUGCUGAUAUUGAGAUUUCCAGGAAUGAAGCUUUGAUUGCAUUGCUAAAUGAAAGUGAGGAACUAGAAGAGCUAAUGAAGCUUUCUCCUGAGGAAUUACUGCUGCGAUGGGUGAAUUACCAUCUGACCAAUGCAGGAUGGCGGACUAUCAACAACUUCAGCCAAGACAUUAAGGAUUCAAGAGCUUAUUUUCAUCUGCUAAAUCAGAUUGCCCCUAAAGGUGAACGGGGAGAUGGACCUGCCAUUACCAUUGACCUUUCAGGAUUUAAUGAGAAAAAUGACCUGAAGCGUGCUGGACUCAUGCUUCAAGAAGCAGAUAAACUGGGCUGCAGACAGUUUGUUACUCCUGCAGAUGUGGUUGCAGGCAAUCCUAAACUUAAUUUAGCUUUUGUAGCUAAUCUGUUUAACACAUACCCAUGCCUACACAAGCCUGAUAAUAAUGACAUCGAUAUAAAUUUAUUGGAAGGAGAGAGCAAAGAGGAGAGGACGUUUCGGAACUGGAUGAAUUCCUUGGGGGUCAACCCAUACAUUAAUCAUUUGUACAGUGACCUUGCAGAUGCUAUAGUGAUCUUUCAGCUAUACGAAAUGAUCCGAGUGCCAGUCAACUGGAGCCACGUCAACAAACCUCCUUAUCCUGCUCUUGGCGGGAACAUGAAGAAGAUUGAAAACUGUAACUAUGCAGUGGAACUUGGGAAGAAUAAGGCCAAAUUCUCUUUGGUUGGCAUUGGUGGGCAGGACCUAAAUGAAGGGAAUUCAACACUUACUCUGGCGUUGGUAUGGCAGCUGAUGAGAAGGUAUACAUUGAAUGUGUUAUCAGAUCUUGGAGAGGGCGAAAAAGUAAAUGAUGAAAUUAUUAUUAAAUGGGUCAAUCAGACUCUUAAAAGUGCAAACAAAAAAACUUCUAUUUCCAGCUUUAAGGAUAAAUCUAUUAGCACUAGUUUACCUGUUCUAGAUUUGAUAGAUGCUAUUGCACCAAAUGCCAUUCGUCAAGAAAUGAUCAAGAGAGAAAACUUGUCUGAUGAGGACAAGAUGAACAAUGCUAAAUAUGCCAUUUCAGUUGCUCGAAAGAUUGGUGCCCGGAUAUAUGCGUUACCUGAUGACCUCGUAGAAGUGAAACCAAAGAUGGUUAUGACGGUGUUUGCAUGCUUAAUGGGAAAAGGACUGAACAGAAUAAAAUAAUGAAACAGUUAAUAUGAUUUUCUGCCACAUUAACACGUUGAAUGUCUCAUAGUUUACAGAAUUCUGAAAUGUAGUGGGUAUAAAACCAGAGGUUAUUUGAAUGCUCAAAAUACUUAUAUACUCAUUAGUGAAUUCAGUAUCCUGUUCAUACUAGUUAGAAUUUGUCAACAAAGCUUUUUGGAUAACACAAUUAAUUUAUCAAUCAAUAUUGAUAAUAGGAAUAUGUUCAUUGUCAAGCUGAUUAUUUCAUGAUUAAAUUGUUUCCUGAAAGUCUUAUUAAAACAAGACUAAUUCAUUCUUUGAUCAAUACAAAAUUUUUGCAGGUUCUGCUGUGAAAUGUGUUUUGAUUGUUUUGUUAUUUAAUUUUGAUCACAAAUGUAUUCAAAAUCAUAAUGCAAGUUAAUCCUUUUAUUUUCUUCCUCCAACUACAUAAAGUGGUCUAAAACUUUAAUUUUUCUGUAAAUUUCUAUAUUGUCUAAAAUUUUAAAGUGAUAAGUAUUGCUCAUUAACAUUAAGCUUUUUUUUAUAUAUGAAAACUAAUUCUCAAAUAAACCUCAAAGUUUACACUUGUAUAAGUAGCAGGAGCUUUUUAACUCAAAACUUAAUUUUAACUGCUUUGACACUUUACGUAUUCUACUUUGGUAACAUAGUUUUAACUAUGACAUGAAGUAUAUAUAUGUUGAUGGGAUGUUAUUAGGGAAAUGUGUAUAGUAAUAUAUUUUGCACCUGAAUUUCCCAGGUUUUCUGAAAUGGUAUGUACAAUUGGUCAGUCAGCCAACCAUUAAGUAUUUAUUUUGCCCCCACAAUGUAUGUAAUGCUUUUCCGUUUGUGGAUAGCUCAUACACGAAGAUCUCUUUUACAAAUAUUCAUUUUGAAUGUGCAUACAUUUUUCAACUGAUUUCUUCCUAAUACUUUACGUAAACAUUGACUAGAACAUCCCAAGAUAUGUUGACACUAUCCUGUUAGCUUCAUAUUACACUUGCUAGUUUAGGUCUCUACUGAAUCCUUAUAUAUUUAUAAUAAGCCCAUUGACUAUUUUUAGUGGCAAGUAACAUAGAGCUAAUAUUCAAAAGAGUAUUUUCACUUUUUUUUUUCACAGCCUCCUACAAAUUGGCAAUGUUUGGUUAAUGCUUGUGUUACUUGGGAAUAGGUAAAGCUUGAAACCUAUUGUUUUCUUAAUUUUUAGCAGUAGACUAAUUUUUCUGCUAACAAUUGAAUCCAGAAAUCUAUUUCCUCCAUAUUCCACUGUUAGUGCCAGUAAGCAAUAAUGCUGUGCAACAAAAAUGCUGUCACUUUAUCUCUGUAUAUGAGUAGUCUAAAUCCCCCUUCUACCAUUGAUUAAAACAUCCUUGUUGGUAAGAGUGAGACUGCCCAUGUGUUUAGAAUAGAAUUUUUUUUUAAUGAAAUGAUCAACAGGUGGAAUUCUGAAAUAUAUUCUUCUACAAAAGAGAUUUCUUUCCCUUUUAUAUUUUGAAGAUUGUUCUCUUGUAUGAAGAUUGAUAUGUUCUUGCUCUUUUAUGAGAUUAUUUAAAUCAUGUUUCCCCCUUUGAUUUUUUUCACCAUUAUAUUUACUAAGUUAUCUGACACGAAAUUUGGCACUUUAGUGUGUUCUUUUUCUCACAAAGUAUGUUUAAUAAAAAUCCUGUGUAUGGA